UCCCUCUUUGUUCAUUCAGCGAAGGAAGGGUCACCGGUAUUAUUGUACAAGUUGCAUUUUUACCUUAUUCUCAGAAACAUACUUCUCAACUAGGCUUGCUGCUUCGACGACCUCGGUCCCAACUCUGAUUGUAUCUGAGGAAAAUGAGCGACUUUGGUAACGACGUUAAAAGCCCACAGAAGAAAACCAAAAUGGACGACAAAUACCUUCCAGAGCUCCUUGCCGAAAAGGAUAGCUUGGAUUCUUCUUUCACACAUGCGAUGAAACUCAUUUCAGCAGAAAUUGAGCGGAUCCAGAAAGGCGAGACUAAAAAGGAUCAUGAAAAAGAAACUUACCUGGACCUAUUUGCAACCAAAAAUCUAAAACUCAAAGAAAGGGUUCUCAUUCCCGUUAAACAGUUUCCAAGAGUCAACUUUGUUGGUAAAAUAUUAGGACCCGGGGGUAAUACAAUUAAGAGACUCCAAGAGGAGACUGGGGCAAAAAUUUCCGUAUUGGGUAAAGGUUCCAUGAAGGACAAGAAUAAGGAGGAAGAGUUGAGGAAGGGUGGUGAGGCUAAAUAUACUCAUCUUUCUAUGGAGCUCCAUGUGUUUAUUGAAGUGCAUGCCCCCAUCCCAGAAGCCUACCUGCGCAUGGCCCAUGCCAUGGAUGAGGUCAAGAAGUUCCUUACACCGGAACCAGGUGAGGAGGAGCAGUAUAUGGACCCCCACUUUCUGAAUGGAUCCCAGGAUGGUUCAGGAAGAGGGCGUGGGAUGGGCAGAGGCAGAGGUGGACCACCUGGAGCGAGGGGGCGAGGAAUGCCACGUGGAGGCCCUCGUGGAGGUAUGCGAGGUGCUCCAAGGGGAGCCCCAGGACGUGGAGGUGCCUCAAGAGGCACUCCGGCAGGUCGGGGUGCUGCUGUGAGCAGAGGAGGAGCAGCUGGCCGCUCCAGACCUCCGGCUGCAGGAGCUCCACGGAUGCUCCCGUCAGCAGCACUUUCACACCAGGUUCCCCCUGCGCCAUCACAGGUGAAAGCAGAGGGUUAUGAGGACUAUCCUGCAUAUGAUGAGUCUUACGCGGAAGCGCCCUAUGAAGGCUAUGAUUAUUAUAGUCAACAGGCGGCCCCAACGGAUACUGAAUAUUAUGACUACGGACAUGGUGAGGCCCAGGACACUGCAUAUGAGUCUUACACUCAAGAUGACUGGGAAGGCUCCUGGUCCUCUGCUGGGGCUGGAGGCAAAGCUCCGCCUGCCAGACAGUCAAAAGGAGCAUACAGAGAGCACCCAUAUGGAAGAUACUGAGCGACUAAUGGUAGAGAGUUGGUGCAACGACUGUCUCAAAUUGUUGCCCAGUUACCUUUUUUAAAAGUAAUUACCCUCAUUUUCCCCAUUUUAUACUUCAUUUUAGUUGUCUUAUUUUUUUUUAAGAGCUAUUUGGUUGAAUGUAUUAUUUUUUUUAGGUGCAAAUUGGUCAUCAAAACCCGUUUGUCAUUAUUCACGUUGUUUAUAGUUAAUGUCCUUGUGACCAAAAAGACAAAUUAGGUUGGGAUUUGCGUGAUAUUUUGUAUAAGUGUACGUUACAAAAUCUCGCUAUGGCGAUUUUAACUUUUCUCUAGGCUGCCUAUUUAAGUACCUUUUUUCACAAAAACAUAAUGUCCAAAUUUAACAAGUUAUCUUCACAAUCUUGUUAUUUACUAAACUAAAAAUGUUAUUUUAACUAAUUGUUCUAAAAAAAAAAAAAAAAAAAGGUUUCAAUUGGACUCCAUUGUAACAUGCAUUUGUAUUCAAUACACUUUAUAAUUUUCAGAAUAAAAAUUAAGAUGAAAUUGACUAGCAAUAUGCUAAAAAAUAGCAGCAGCCAUUUCAAUACUUGUAUAUUACAACUACAGAUAAGCUUUUCAGUAAAUGCGCCAUCAAAAUGCAUUAUACUUGUGUACAUUUGGCUAAAUAUAAUCCUAUUUAUAUCCCAAAUUGUAUUUCUGCAGUGCGUUGUUUCAAUAAAGUUUUUAGUUCAACCUAAUCCAUCUAAAAUGGCAUUUCCUUGAAGCCAAAUGUAUGAUUUUGGCCUGUCAGCCAUAUUUUCACCUGACUAACAUGUUUGUACACAACCUAAUUAAAAGGAAAAAAAAAAAUGAA